GAACAGGAUUUGUAACUAUAGUAAGGCUUCAGUUAUUCCGCGUAAAAUUGAUUAAAAACACGCACUAAAUUAUCAUGAAAAGUGUAAGGAAGUCGUGCAUUUAAUCAUGGUUCUUUGUUCGCGAACGCUGCUCAGUUAAGCUGAAAAUAUAUACAUUUAUAUCCGACCCAUUCGAUGCAAAGGUGUGACUUGGAGCAUGCGGUGAUUGGGUAUAUUAAGGAGGACACAACGCUGUUUUAUAUUCACUCCUUGCUCGGCAACCUAAAAGUGAAGUUGGACAUCUCAAUUCUUCUGCUUUUGUGAAACUUUUCAGGUAAGAAAAACAAACAUGUGUUCACACAAUUAGCCUAUGUUAUAGGCUACGACAGCGUAGGUAGGCCUAGUUGUGUCCUUGAUUUGCGAAAGUUACAAUUAAAGUAUACAACUCAAGUUAUGACCAUUAUAUAGUCGGCAUGUAGUAUUGACCUUGCCACACCUAAAUUAAUCUAUGAUCGUUGAAAUUCUCGUAAUGUCCGAGUUCGAGCCAUAGAUUAUAUUAAUUAUUAUAGGAAGAAUUUUUUGGAUUUUCGAAUCGUUGCAAAAAUAUCCAUGAAGGAUUUGGGUUUUUUUUUGCCAGAUUUUCAGCGAAUUUUAAAAGUUCAGUUUGGCAAGAUUUUAUCAUUUUGAAGAGCGUGUGCAUUCGCAAAGGGAUUUUUGCACUUUAAAUGGGGAAUUCGAUGUACUGCAAUAAUUAAAUUUAUAUUCUGGAAAAUAGUAACCAUAUAAUCUACAAUUUUACGAUUUGUUUUGUAGUAAACGACGAUGACGCCAGUCGCUACUUUGGCAAGCUUGAUCCUUCUUGCUCAGAUAAUGAGCAUUAACGCAGUUUUAACCAAACCUGAUGCGACAUUUGGAAAACAAUGUCCAGCUGGUAUGUUGCUAGAUAUUAUUUUUAACUGUCUCACAUAGGCUAUACACCCAUGGCCAUGCCUUUGGGCCUGUUUUGUAAGCGGGUCAUGUUUUAUUGGCCCUACAGACUGCAUGAAUAAAUGUAUAAAGACAAUAUAUUUCCAUAACAGGUUUAAAUAACAUAAUUUAAAAUGUGCUUUUUUGAAUUAUUUUUUUAUGAUCGGGAAAAUUGAUAUUUUCUUAAUUUUUUUCUUAAGGUUACAGAACACCUUUGAGUGUUAAUUUUGCCUAAAAUUUUUUUAUUGGUUUCCAUGAAAGCAUUAGACUAGUUCUACUAUCUGACAAAGUUUGAACGAAAAAUGUUGAAAACUCGCGGAGUUAUUUAAUAAAAUACAUUUCGCUGCAAUAAGAAAAACAUUGAAAAUGUAAUAUUCAAAUUCAAUUUUCUCCCGAAGAUUUUACGGGUAAUUACUGAUUUUCAAACGAGUUGUGCUCCUGCGGGUUUUGACCAAUUUUUCUCAAAUUUUCACAGGACAUAGCUAAAGACGUCAGUUUCAAAAUUGUGUUCGGCUUUUUCUUAGUUUUGGAUAUUUUAAUAAUAAAGAGCAAUUCACUCAAAUAAUUCAGAAAUAUAUUGCAGUCGUCAAAGAAAUCGCCAUAUCAGCGGAAUGACGAAAUAAACAAAAAUUUCCGGACAGAAUUUUUUAGAACAACUAUUUUACUGUAUAAAAAUGAUAUUUUCAUAAAUAUAACUUAAAACCAGCAGGAGCACAACUCAAAAGCGUAACCGGUACCGCGAUUUAAGAUUUUCCUGAAUAAUUCUUAUAUUAUUUUAUUGUUUGUUAAUUUUACAACUUUACCAUAUUUUGCAUGCACUGGAGAACAUUUGGUGAAAAUUUGAUGAAAAUCGGACUGAUAGUUUUUUUAUUUUUUUUUUUUAACAGCUUUAUUAGGAACUUAAUAUUACAUUAAUAAGGUACAAAUACAACAAACAUGCAGUUUGAUAUGUAUCUGGCGGUUGAAAAACACAAAAUAAUAGUUUAAUUAAAUAUUGUCAAUUCAAAUACCGUUAUCAUUGAUGCUGUAAAACUGAUGGUGAUGCCGCCAUAUUUUAUACAAAACUUACUGAACUUUAGACAUCGUUUUCUCUCUGGCGUAUCAUCUAAAUCUCUUCAUUAGUUCAUUUUUAUAGCACAUAGAUUCGCAGAUAAAUCACUAACUGACAUACUUUUUAAGUUUGUUUGCCGCUUGAGAAACGCGUUGAAAAUUCAAAAAAUUGAGUAACAUACAAAAAUAUAUUUAUGAUAAUAGUAUACACAAAAGAUUCUCCUCUUAAAAUAUAAUAUCUGUUAUAGACUAUGGACAAAUUGCCACAUGUUUAGAGACUCUACUCACUUUGAAGAUAACACAUCAUGAAAUGAUUAAAACACGGUUUGGUUAAAUUUGUGAAAAAUUAGAUGAGAAAUUUAUAGCAAAAGUUUGCCUUUCCUUGCCCGGCAGAGUGAACUGAAAUACAUAAUUUAUAUAGUCUAUUGUAUCAUUUGCACAUGCAGUCUCACAGCCUCUAUAUAAUGUUCAACUUUAAUUAAAAAUACCUUGAAAUACUGUGUGUUUUUAUACAGCAAAUGUUUUCGUCUGACUUCAUAUAAAUUAUUCUGUAGGUACUGGUAUCUCUCGUAUAAUAAGCUACUACAGCAGUGGUCACAAAGAUCGCGCAUGGGCAUUCUUCUGCAGACGCGACUUGAAAAUUACAAACACUUGCGGUUGGUCAGGUUGGUUAAAUUGGUACGAACAAGAAUUACUGUUCCAAUGCCCAACUGGAGUUCUUACAGGUAAUGUAUAAUUAAUAAAAAGUAACCGUCCCUAAAUACUUAACAAUUAGUCGCCGAAAGCGAAGUGAUUACAAGCCUAUAUUCACUGAGCCGAAGGCGAAGUGAAUAUAGGCUUCACCGAGAAUUAGGGGACUAAUUGUUUUAGUAUAAAUUUCCAGGUGUUUACAAAUAAUAAUCAACACAACUUUAUAAAAAUUCACUUCAAAUUUGUUCAUCCUAAUUGAUAACACUAUAAAUAGGUUGUUUACAUAAUUUAGAUCUCGGACAGGGCUCUGUGUCGCGUUGCGACGAAGCCAGUUUUUUCCAAAUAAAAGCACAUAAAGUUUUAUAUUUUAUCUUGAAAUAUUUUUAAACCAUAUUUUGUAGCUUGUUUGGGGUUUUUCGGAACGCUAUCUUCUUUAAUUUGGGCAAUUUCCUCUUCUGUUACUACGGCAAAACGAGCAACCAUUUUGAAAAAAAAAGCAAAAGGCUAUAGUCACUGACCAGUGACUGUCACUUCAGAGACAGUGAAUCUUGACCAAUCAGAAUGCAGGAAAAUCAAUAGUCACCCAGAAAUUUAUACUAAAUAGUAUAGGUUGAAUUAUAUUAAAGAAAUUUAAAUGUGUUAAUUUAAAACAUCACAAAAUAGGCUUUUUGAAAAGUAAAACAACUAGCUACUAAGUAGUAAUAAGUGUGUUUUUAUAUAACGAUCUUUUCGACACUGCUAAGUGCUAACAUUGUAUUUGUAGCAAGAUUGUUUUUUGUUCGGCAACAUACAAUUUAUCUGGUUAUAAUUUAGCCAGUAGUUUUCUGCGUUGUUUCAGGGUAAAACUAGAAAAGUUUGCGUUCCGCAGAGCUUUUUCGUAGGUAGUUUGGGGGUAAAUUAUGGAUAAACACCUAAUUUAUAGGCACAUAGCCGUUAAGACUGACUUGACGUAUACUUUUCCGGAAGUAUAAAUAUUUUCCAGUGUUUAUUGAUCACGGUUGGUAACAUUUCAUGAUUUUCAAUUCAUCAGGUGUUUUCUCGACCCAUAACAAUAAUUAUCAAGACAGAAGAUUUAGAUUCAGAUGCUGUCGCACCAAAAGAGUUUGUCAAUAUGAUUGUCGCUGGACUGGUUACGUCAAUACCUUUAAAGGACUGAAGAACUAUGUGGUACCAUAUGGCUAUUUUAUCACUGGGGCAAAAAGUCACCACGACAAUCGCCACGAGUAAGUUCAGUAUUCAUUCCUGCUAGGAAGUUCUGCUUUCAUCUUGGGCGCGAUUAAGUGUUGCAUUGUUAAUGUUGUGUGAUGCUUUUUCGAAGGCGUAGUUAGUUUUUUGAUAAUCAUUUGGUCGCACAUGCAGUGCUAAUUCGAAAAGGGCGCGUAUAGACGAAUAAAUUAGGUAGUGCUUGGGUCUGGGCAUAGCCUAUCGAAGGGAGGAUGAAACGCAUUGGAAUAACAAUGUGAAACCGGCAUUGGAAUAACAAUGUAUAACUCGUUAUUUAUGCUAGUUAACGCUUAUUCAUAAAUCUGGUCCGUCACGUGCGUCUUUUAUUUUUGCCAAAUCCACCAAUUAUAGUAUAAUUUUUAAUGCUAUCGACUAAUUUUUUAUCUAUAGACAAGAAAAACAAAAUCUAUCAUUACGUAGCUCAAAAGAGUAUCCUAAAAUUAGUAAAAUUGCAAAGUUUGGUUGCGAAAUGUUGUGAAAUAUGGAAAAUAUAGUCCUACGAAAUGAGCGGAAAAUUUUGUGCAUUUUAGUAUUACGCGCGGAAAAAUGCGCAAUUUCACCGGCUCAACUAAAGUGGUGCGUAAUACUAAAAUACAGUCAAAAUUUGCUAAUUUUCGACAGGGCUAUAUUUUCCGUGAUUUUAUAAAAUUUUGCAACCAAAUUUGGCAAUUUUACUAAUUUAUAGAUGUUCUUUUAAGCUAUCAAAUGAUAGUUGUCGCCCUUCUUGUCCGGAUCAAAAUUUAGUCUACAGCUGUAAGUCAUCCAUUUCCCUUUUGUUCCAGUCAGAUGGGUAACUUUUUUAAAACAUUGCCAUUGGUUAGUUCGGAAAAAAUACAAUACGCACGUGACGGUGAAGGACCAGAUUUAUGAAUAAACGUUGACUAAAAUAGAGAAUGAGUUAUAUUGUUAUUCUAAUGAGUUUCAUAACCAUCUUCUUCUCGAUAAGCUAUGAUCUGGAUGGGCAUCACUCAUUAAAGUAUGUAUGACAUGAUCAAUUAAUAUAUAUCUCUUUCGUAUAUUUUUUUAGGGACAGAGUAUGGCGAUUCUUAAUAUGUCGUUUCCACUGAGGGGUCAUUGAUGUCCUAGCUCAUGCAAUUAUUAAUUGAUCUUUUUUUAUAUGUCUUACGUAUUUUUCUAUCUUUUAUAAAUUGUUGAUUAAAGCAAAUCGCUGCAUCAGCUUAUUUUUUUCUUAUCAAUGUAAUUUUAAUGAACGUUUAUGAAUUUGUAAUAAUGAUUUAUGAUCUUUCUUUCAUGUUUACGAAUAAUAAAUUGAAAUAAAAAGCAC